CUUUCCUCUGACUAACGUAUAAAAUCCUCAAACCAAACUAAUUUUCUCAAAGUUUCCCAAUCAUUUUCCGGGAAAAUUUACAGACGAGAAAACAAAUAUUCUCUUCCUCUCGAUUUACGAAAUUUAGAAGCAGCUACAUUCCUCAUAAAUGGAGCAACCAACGAGAAGGAGGCCACGACGUCGUCCUCUUGAGACUUGUGGUGGUGUGAUACUCUCCAUGGCUCGUGUUGUAUACACAAGAAGCCAGACUCUGAAGAAGAAGAAGAAUCUAGCCUCGUGGCUAUUGCGGAAACUCUUCGAAUUCGUUAUCUUCUUUGUUUCGAUGACAAGUCCGUUUCAUCGCCAUUUUCUCGCGAUUCUCUCUGUAGCUGACGAUCACAUUCUCGCGUUGCAAGACGCGAUUGAGACUUACUUCCCUUCUUCCAGCUUUGUGUUCGUCAAGAUCUUCGAUUUGCUGAUCAUUGUAGAGACUCUGCCAGAGAAAUUUGAUGGAUUUCUCAAGAAACUUCCGAGUUUGAUGAACCGAGUGGCGUGGCUAGAUUGGUUGUUGGUUCAUGCUAUUUCUUGGCUUGGUUUGUUGGUGAACGUUUUGGGACGUUGGAGAGAUAAGAACAAAGGGACGAAGGAGAAAGAGAUCACGGUCGAUAGGAGCUUUAGCAGAUCAGGAUCAGUUUCAGAAGAAGAAGAGGAAGAGAAGACGAAAUUCGGGACAGAGAAGAAAGUGUCGUACAAAGAGGCAUUACAGAGAGGAAGUAGUGGAGAAGAUGGCGGUGGAAGCACUGGUCGCAGCAGCAGCAGCCGCGGAGAUCCUAUUUUGGAACUGUUUGAGACCGGAUGGAUUCAGAAUCCCAUCAAAAGAAGUAGUAGAAGCGCGGAUUCGCUCACCUUCUCGCGUUCUGAAUCCUACUCGACCUGAUCUCUUUCGUUAUACGAGUUUGAACCCGAGGGGUGACACAAUAGAUUACAUGUUUUGGUCUCUUUCAAGUACUUCUUGUAUUCUUGACUUUUGUAAAUAUCAUAUUCUAAGCAACCUAAGUUGAAGAUUUGUUUACUCUUAACAUUGGAUAAUUAUCAUUGAAACAUAAGAAACAAGAAUAGCAAUAAGUGAAUUGAUGUUAAAAAUUGGGGUUUUGUUUUAUUUGUAUUUACCUUGAUAUACAUCUUUUUU